AGGACCCCAGUAAUCAGUAUUCAUGUAGUGUCAGGUCCCGCUGAACUCAUUCUACCCACUCUCCCUAUCUGUGUCUCGUGCUGUGACUCUCGCAGCGCGGCUUCUCAUUGGCUGCCGGCGGACACCCGGAGCAGGCAGCUCUCCUCGGUGCUGAAAUCGCUGCUCGUCGUGAUAAUGUAAACGGCGAUGAGGCCAAACAGAGCGUCUGACAGUAAACACCAAAAUGGACGAUGAUCAGUUCCAACUGAGACAGCUGCCUGUUGUUCGAUUCCGGCGCACAGGUGAGAGCACACACUCUGAGGAUGACUGUGAGAAUAGAGGCCAGGAUGUCAGGAUCACAGAGCAGAUUGAUCUGGAGUCCGUGGCACUUGAAGACGGAGCUCCCGUUCCCCGGGAGUUUGCCAAUCCAACAGAUGAUACAUUCAUGGUAGAAGAUGCUGUUGAGGCCAUCGGCUUUGGGACAUUUCAGUGGAAACUCUCCAUCCUCACUGGUCUGUCUUGGAUGGCUGAUGCUAUGGAGAUGAUGAUUCUCAGCAUCUUAGCCCCACAGCUCCACUGUGAGUGGAGGCUGCCCACCCUCGAGGUGGCCCUGCUUACAUCGGCAGUGUUUAUUGGGAUGAUGAUCAGCUCGUCUCUUUGGGGAAACAUAUCUGACAGAUACGGCAGAAAAACAGGUCUCAAGAUGAGCGUGCUGUGGACUAUGUUCUAUGGCGUGAUGAGUGCAUUUGCACCUAUAUAUGGGUGGAUCCUUGUCCUCCGGGCCCUGGUGGGCUUCGGCAUUGGAGGAGCCCCACAGUCGGUGACACUGUAUGCUGAGUUUCUGCCUAUGAGGUCCAGAGCCACAUGCAUCUUGCUGAUUGAGAUAUUUUGGGCACUGGGCACUGUGUUUGAGGUCCUCCUAGCGAUCCUGGUAAUGCCCACUCUGGGCUGGCGUUGGCUGCUUGGCCUUUCCACCAUUCCUCUAUUCAUCUUCUCCAUCCUGUGUUUUUGGCUACCAGAGAGUGCUCGAUACGACGUGCUGACAGGGAAUCAGGAAAAGGCUUUGGCCACAUUGAAGCGCAUCGCUACAGAGAACGGAGCACCGAUGCCACUGGGAAAACUUAUAGCUGCCAGACAGGAGGACCGUGGAAAGAUUCAAGAUUUAUUUUCAUCAAACUUUCGUUGGACCACAGUUCUGCUGUGGUUUAUUUGGUUUGCAAAUGCCUUCUCUUACUAUGGGCUGGUGCUGCUCACUACAGAGCUGUUUCAGGAGGGAGGUGCAUGUGGAAUGUCCAAAGGUAAAAAGAGGGAGCUCCGAUGCAACUUGGAGUGUAAAUAUCUGAACUCCGAUGACUACAAAGACCUGUUGUGGACCACCUUAUCUGAAUUCCCAGGACUGCUGGUGCCACUGUGGGCUAUUGAUCGAUUGGGAAGGAAGAAGACCAUGGCGUUGUGUUUCUUCGUCUUCUCUAUGUGCAUUAUUCCGCUCUAUGGCUGUGUUGGGAGAGUUUCCAUGACAGUGUUGAUAUUCAUCGCCAGAGCUUUCAUCGCAGGAGGAUUCCAGACUGCUUACGUUUACACUCCAGAGGUGUACCCAACAGCGACCAGGGCUUUAGGUCUGGGAACAAGCAGUGGAAUGGCCAGAGUCGGUGCCCUCAUUACACCUUUUGUUGCACAGGUGAUGUUGGAGUCAUCUGUGUACCUGGCUCUGUCCGUGUACUGCUGCUGUUGCCUCCUAGCUGCCGUAGCCUCCUGUGCACUGCCAAUUGAGACAACAGGCCGGGGCCUACAGGAGUCCAGCCACAGCGAGUGGGGCCAGGAGAUGGUGGGCCGUGCCUCCUCCCAAAGCUCAGGGGGAAACCCACCCUCCAGCUCCGGCUCCCAAGGAUGAGGAAGACACACCGGCUGGAGUAAAACUGAGAGAGGGGACCACUGUGAGGAAAAGAGGCAAGGAGAGGCAAAAAAGCUGGACCAGCUUUCGGUGUCCAUCUCCAGUCCCAUCCUAAGACUCUACAGUUUAUGCACCACAGUGGCUUCCGAGAGCCAGGCAGCACACUAACAUGUAUCAUAUUCUAUAGUCUUCAACCGGCAUUGCUGUCCCAAUUUUGCCACUGAAUAACUGCACACAGGGCAAUAGGAAAGACCAAAUGACCUGUACAGGGGUUAAGAUUCAGAAAAUAAAUGGAAACAUUCUUGGACAAGUUAGAAUUUGACUACUUCAAGCAAAGUAUUUGAAUGCUGCUUGUCUAAUGCAAGAGAAGGGACUAAAAGUGUUAGCUUAAAAUAACCAUCUUCUUCUCAAAGAGCCUUAAAACUACCUAUUCUAUUUGUGCUUCAGAGACCUUCUCUUAACUUAGAAAAAAGGCUCUAACAAGCUGCAUCUGUUUCAUACUGGACAAAGAUAUAUAGAUAAGAAAGAGUAUCAUCUUAUGCACACAAAACUUAAGUUUAAAUACACACGCUUUGUCAAAUUAACACACCAUUGGAUUAAAAAAAUUAAUUAAUUUAAGAUCCACAUCUGUCAAGACAGUGAAAGGACAUACUGCCCAGUAACUGAGUUAAAUAUGUUAAUUUUUCUUGUGACAGUUGUACUUCACCUUUCAACAUGGAUGAUAUGUGUCUGCUAAAGAAUGUUGAGGCCAUUUAAUUUACAACAACCUGACAAAUCUGCCAAAGCCUUUAUCAGAUCAUAAUAACAUCAGUGACAUUAUACCGUCGACAAUAAGUCCUAAUUAUACUGUAGCACAUCUGGAACAAGUCAACAGAUCCUGGGCUUCAUUUAAAGACAACAUUACGUAAGUUAAUGCUGAAGUAGUAGUAAAAAUCUAACUCUGAGUUUUUUUAUCACCCAAAGCAGACUCAAUUUAGUUUGUAAGAGUUACAUGAUUUAAAAAAUGACAUUAACACGCGUAUAUGGUUCUACGAUCUAUAAAUGCUGCGUCUCUUGCUCUACUCUACCAGACUUGGAGGCUGCGCACACAUAGACCUACACAUGUAUAUAUACACAACCAUUUAGCAGGAUGUUGCAUUCUGACUUUCUGUAAAUAAUGUAAUCAUACCUGGUUUGGUUGUUGUCUUUGACUUUUGUUUGUAACAAAAGGUGAUGUGAAGACAGACUUUGCCCAGUCUGAGUGACAAACUCGGCAGAAAAAAAAGAGAUUUAACUAGUACAGGUCCAGCAAGCCAAAUCUCUACCUGUCAGUGUUUGAGAUAUAGGGCUGCAUUAGGUGUCGGUGUGCACACAUUCUUGUCAAUGCACUGGAUGUAAAUGUGUAUGAUAACUAAAGUAAAUAAUCUUUCAAAAA